CGACAACGAUCGUGAUCGAUGGUGAGUCUACAGUACGUAGUUCAUGUGAAAAUGGCGACGAUCGUAUAGUCACGAGAUCAGAAAGAUACUCCUACUAAAAUUGUAUUUCCAGUCAAUAUUUAGGUCUAUGAAAUUGAAUCUUUACUAAUGUUACUGUGAAGAGUGAACCAUUGUUAUCAAGAUGUCUGAAAGUAAGACGUUGCCAAAGAAGGGCAAUGUAGACUUUGCAAGCUACUUCACCACAAAACACUCUUGGAGGGGCAAAUACAAAAGGAUUUUUGCUGUUGGGACCAAAGGUGUGACUACGUACAACCCUGGAAAUUUAGAAAACACAAAUCAUUGGAUGUAUGAAGAGUUUGUGAGCAUUGGCCCAAAUGUGAAAGCACCAACUACCAAUGAAUUUGUAAUUUUAUUCAGACGCGGGAAAAAGAAUGAAUCUAUGCGUUUUUCCACCGAACACCGUGCUGAUCUCAUUACAGAAGCUUUGAAAUUCAAGGAUCAAUUUAGUGGUUACAAGUCCAAGUCAAAGCGUUUUAAUUGCUACAAACAUCACUGGAGUGAGAACCGAAUUCCUGUCAUCCUGGAUGUUAACGAUUGUGGUAUCGAUCAAAUUUGUCCAACAACAAAUAAAGUCCUCACAACGUACUACUACAAAGACAUUGAAGGCUUUACUAAUGUAAGUGGAUAUCCAGGCGGUUUUGCAAUAAUCUAUGGUGGAUUUAGCCGACUUCAUUUAUUCGCAUCAGAGCAGCGGGAUGAUCUACUGAAAUAUGCGAUGGAAUGCGCUGGAAUUUAUAUUGGCGUCAUGCUACGAGUUCGCAAAGAACCUAUUACAUUUGAUCAGUUUGUACUGAACAGAUUUGGAAAGUACAGUGAUGACAAUAGUCUGACAUCCUUAGCUGAGUUCAAUGUCCAAAAAUUUUCACCCCGACAUCCUAAACCAGUGCGAAGAGUCCUCUGUCUGACGGAAACGUGUUUGGUUGAGCGUGACCCAGCCACGUACAAUGCUGUUUCUGCCAAGCCUUUAUGCGAUGUGUUUGCAUUGGUACGUAGCAAAGAAAGCCCACAGAUUUUUUAUGUAGAGUUCGUCAAAGGUUAUAAUCGGAAAUUCUCAUCAACGGAUAGAGACAACCUGAUAGCUAGUGUUCUUGAUGGUGUCCGUGCAAGUGGUAAUCGCGAUGCUCACGUAAAGAUGACUUUUUCAGAUAGGGGUGUCCGCCAUGCACCAUUCUACGUGCCAGUUGACGAGGAAGUCGAAGCUCAUCACUUGAAAUUUCUGGCUCAACCACCAGGUAAUAACUUUGCUGAUGCUGUUGUUCGUUUCAACAAUAAUGUUUCUUACAGCGGUCUUCUCCACGCCGUUACCCAGGAUGGAUUCUUCACAGAUAACAAGGAAAGAAUGAUCAACGUAGCAUUACUUGCUUUGUUGGCACGUGAAGGUGAUCAGAACAUAAUACCUUCUGAAGAGUUGGAGAGCCAGUUUCAAGCUUUACGGCGGCUAGUAGCCUCUAAAGCUGGCUUUGGAGCUUUUACACAAAUUCCAAAAUUUCGUGAGAAAGUUGGUGUUAAGGUUGUAAAAGCUCUAAAGCGACAAGACGAUGGUGUCACACAUGCUGCCAUUGAUAUGCUGUCUGCUCUCAUGCAGCCUAUGCAUGAUGAUUAUGAUCUGAGACAAGAACAGCUAAACAAAGCUUCACUUCUUUCAUCUAAAAAAUUCCUAGAAAGCCUUCUUGAUCUGUUCACAACGCAUGUGAUUCGUGGUACUGGAGCACUAGUGAUCACAUCCCUGCUUGAUUUCUUGACCUUUGCACUCUGUGCGCCAUAUAGCGAGACAACUGAUGGAAACUUGUUUGAUUCGCUACUGGAACAGGUUGCUGGAAAGGGAAGAGUACUCUACAAGCUUUUCCAGCAUCCUUCGAUGACUGUGGUAAAAGGAGCCGGCCUUGUUAUGAAAGCUAUCAUUGAGGAAGGGGAUGCAGAAAUUGCUGCCAAGAUGCAAGACCUUGCAUUGGCUGAGGGUGCUCUUCCAAGACAUCUCCAUACAGCCAUGUUUACCACAAGUUCAGAUGGUAGGAUGUUAACCAAUAGGCAGUUAAGUAGGCAUUUGGUUGCUCUCUGGGUCACAGGUCAUCCGACAGCAAUGGCUCUUCUGAAACGAAUUCUUCCAACUGGUCUUCUUAGUUACUUAGACUGUGAUGAUAAAGUUCCGGAGAAGGAACGAGAUCUUAUUAAUAUUCGAGAUAAUCUGAAGAUGGCACAGAAUCAAUCAAAGACAUUAAGUGGUGCACGGCUACAAUGGCAGCAAGUAGAGAAUAUGCUAUUGCAUUGGAAACAGCGAGUAGGCAUAGAGAAGAAGAAAACGGAUGAAAAAGACAAACCAAUAGUACUAAGGAAGCGGAGACAGAGGAUCAAAAGUGAAGCCAACUGGCUGUACUUCUACUAUAUGUUUAAUAAAGAUCAUGCAAAACCAAAUCUUAUAUGGAAUUACAAAACACGAGAAGAAUUGCGUGAAGCGUUUGAGAAUGAAAUGAGGGCUUUCAAUCAGGACCGAGAACUUGGUGCCAGUCACGUCAUUUCUUGGAAUCACGUUGAAUUUGAAGUACGCUAUGAAUGCCUAACAGAUGAGAUAAAAAUUGGCGAUUAUUAUCUGCGACUUCUACUUGAAGCUGAUGAUGCUAAUGAGGAGACAAGUGCUAUCAAGAAAUCGUAUGAAUUUUUUAACGACUUGUAUCAUCGCUUUCUCUUAACGAGCAAAGUUGACAUGAAGUGUAUGUGUUUACAUGCCAUGGCAGUUGUCUACGGAAAAUGUUACGAAGAGAUUGGCACUUUCAAUGAUACUAAGUACAUAUGUGGAAUGCUAGAAAGGUGCACGGACCGCGAAGAAAGGGAUCGUUUAAUACUCUUCCUGAACAAGCUCAUCUUGAAUCGUCGCAAUGUCAAAGAGUUAAUCAAUGCAAAUGGUAUCAAAGUGCUUGUAGAUAUCUUGACCCUAGCACAUCUGCAUACAUCAAGGGCAACCGUCCCAACUCAGACCAAUGUAAUAGAAGCCUCACCAGAUAUGGAGAUGGCUAUGGAGAAGGAGUGGUACUAUGGAAACAAGGAAAGAGAACGAUUGGGACCAUACAGCUUAAAAGAGCUUAAAGAAUUGUGGGAAGCAAGACAUGUGACAGCUAAGACGCGGUGCUGGGCUCAGGGUCUUGAUGGAUGGCGCCCUCUACAUGCCAUUCCUCAGUUAAAAUGGAAGUUGCUCGCUACAGGACAACAAGUGAUGAAUGAAAGUGACCUUGCAUGUUUGAUCUUGAAUAUGCUAAUUAGGAUAUGUGAAUAUUACCCAAGCAGAGAUGCUGAUGACGCUAUAAUCAGACCCCUGCCAAAACCCAAGAGGCUGUUAACAGACGCUAUGUGCCUCCCUCAUAUUGUGCAAUUAUUACUGACCUUUGACCCGAUUCUGGUUGAGAAAGUGUCUGUGUUGGUGGGAAAUAUUGUAAAAGACAAUCCGCAGAUGCCUCGUAUCUAUCUGUGCGGUGUCUUCUUCUUCAUCAUGAUGUACACCGGUUCCAAUGUACUUCCUCUAGCUUGGUUCCUUAAGUACACUCACACCAAACAAGCUUUCCGCUCUGAGGAGAACAAAGGUUCGGAUGUGAUGCAGCGUAGCAUCCUGGGUCAUAUCUUACCAGAGGCCAUGGUACACUUCCUGGAAAACCACAGUGCAGAGAAGUUUGCGGAAACAUACCUUGGGGAGUUUGACACCCCAGAAGCAAUAUGGAAUAGCGAGAUGAGGCGAAUGAUGAUUGAGAAGAUUGCAUCACACAUUGCCGAUUUCACUCCACGUCUACAGAGCAACACACGCGCAUUAUAUCAGUACUGUCCUAUCCCAAUCAUUAGCUACCCACAGUUGGAGAAGGAACUCUUUGUCAACAUCUACUAUCUAAGGCAUUUAUGUGAUCAACAGAAGUUCCCUGAUUGGCCAAUCAAAGAUCCAGUUAAGCUUUUAAAAGACAUUCUUGAAGAGUGGAAGAAAGAGGUUGAGAAGAAACCACCAUCUAUGUCCCGAGAAGAGGCGUUCGAAACACUGAAGAUUCCAAAAGCCAAACAAGGAAACGAUGAAGGCUUUAUCCGCAAAGCAUACUUCCGUCUAGCCCAAAAAUACCAUCCAGAUAAAAAUCCAGAGGGAAGGGACAUGUUUGAGAAGGUGAAUAAGGCAUAUGAGUACCUAUGUACCAAGAGCUCUAAGAAUGUUGAUGGUCCAGAUCCAGAAAAUGUGGUGCUGCUUCUCAAAACACAAAGUAUUCUUUUCAACAGAUACAAAGAAGUACUUGAACCGUACAAGUAUGCAGGCUAUCCUAUGUUACUGAAGACCAUAACACUGGAGACAGAUGAUAAGUCGCUGUUCUCCAAGCCCGUCCCCUUACUUGCCGCAGCUUGUGAACUAGCUUUCCACACUGUCAACUGCUCUGCCUUGAAUGCUGAAGAACUUAGGAGAGAAAAUGGAAUAGAGAUCCUUCAGAGAGCAUUCUCACGCUGUGUUUCAAUCCUCUCACAGUCAAGCAAUCCAAACGAUGUCCAAGUCCAGGUUUGCAUCAAUGUUAUCAAAUGCUAUACUGUGGCGGCGCAAUUUGAGGCAUGCAGAGACAAUAUCACAGAGAUUCCAUCCAUCAUCAAAGAUUUAUCAAAAACUUUGUUCUACCAGAAACUUUUUGCGCUUUGUGUCGUGGCCGCCAAUUGCGUAAGUGCCUUUGCCGUCGACAAGUUCAUGCAGGACCACCUCCAGCAGGCCGGUGUUAUUUGGCAUCUUCUCAUCUUCCUAUUUCAAUACGACUUCACGUUAGAGGAAUCGGGAGUAGAGAAGAGCGGACAGACUAACCAGCAGCAUGAACAGACGAAUCUACAGGAAGUAGCGAAUGAUCUUGCUAGAAGAAGUCUAGUUUCAUUGGGUCGUCUGGCAGGGUUUACCUCCGGGGAAGAAAAGACACCAGAAAACAUCCCGAUUCAGAAGUGUCUGAACUGUCUACUUACACCGUACCUUGCAAGGCAGCUUGGCACAGAAAACCCUAAUGAGGUUCUGAAAGUAUUAAACAGUAACACAGAGAAUCCAUAUUUGAUUUGGGACAAUUCAACGCGGGCAGAAUUAAUGGAGUAUUCUCACAGACAGCAGACAUCAAAACACGAUGUGACGAAUGAGGAAAUGGGAGCCGACUUUGUAUUCAGUGCCCAUUCAAAGGAGUUGGUAAUUGGUGAAAUCUUUGUUCGUGUGUUUAAUGAACAACCUGCAUUCCCUCUAGAGGAUGCUAAAGGAUUUACAGUCAGUUUGCUUGACUACCUGGGCUCAAUGGCGCAGUACCUCCACUCACUCAUGGCCCUAACCUCAAAGGACGUUGACACCAGCAAAACUAGCCAACAAGCCUCAAAGCUUUCUAACUCUGAGAUGGCACUAGAGGGGCUUAGAAAUGUCAUAAAAAACAAUCCAGGAACAGAGGCCAAGUGCAUAGGACAUUUUAAACUUAUCUUCUCACUCCUUAGGAUUACAGGGGCUGCAAAAUUGCAACAAUUAGCAUUAGAGGUAAUCUGCAGUGUAACUAGUAGCAAAGACUGUGUCGACAAUAUUGCUGAUUCCAAUGUCUUAGCAUAUCUCUUAUUGGUCCUUCACUCAUUACCUACGGGUCGGCUGACGGCGCUUGAAACUAUGUACGCCCUUACAUCAAAUACCAAGAUUGUCAAGGAAUCUAUUAGUAAAGGAAUAAUCAUCUAUUUACUGGACAUGUUCUGUAAUGCGACAAAUCCAACAGUGCGUGAGAAGACGGCGGAAUUGCUCGCUAAAAUCCUGACAGACAAAUUGAUGGGUCCACGUAUCAGAAUCCUGUUGUCAAAAUUCUUACCGCCUGUGUUUAUGGAUGCCAUGCGUGACAGCCAUGAGGCUAGUAUACAUAUGUUUGAGGGUGUUCAUGAAAACCCUGAGUUGAUCUGGAAUGAAGAAGCACGAGAAAAGGUGUCUGCAGUUGUGAGAAAGAUGAAAAAUGAUCAUUUCAAUGCCCAGAAGGACAAUCCAGAUGCUACAUGGAAGCUGCCGGAGGAAUUUGCUGUAGUGUACACAGAUGUGGAGGGAGAGUUGACGAUAGCUGGCGUGUUCCUCCGUCUGUUCAUCUCACAACCAAGCUGGGUGCUUAGGAAGCCUCGGGAAUUUAUGGUUGAACUCUUAGAGAAGUUUGCAGAGCUUAUUUCCAAGAACAAUCCAGAUGGGCAAGUGUUGGAGGCAGUUACCACAGCAAUAGUCCUAUUCUUCACCGCUCAGCCUACAUAUGCUGAGCAGGUGCCACAGCUAGGUCACAUUCCAAAUAUCUUCCAAGCAAUGGGAUCCCGUAACAGUGCCAUUCCAAAGUCAAGUAUGAUGGUGGUUCACAGAUUAGUUGAGAGUGAGGCUUGUGUGCGAAGCAUGGCACAGAAUGACUGCAUUGGACCUUUCAUGGUGGGAAUGAGGAAGAGACCGGAUCAGACGGGCCUGGCCUGUGAGGCCAUGCAUAAGAUGUUCCAAAAGAACUACCCAGAACUUGUAGCCCAGGCUUUAGAGCGUGACCUGAUACCUUUUCUGUUGACCUUGCUGGAGAGUGGUAUGCGAGAUCUACCGAACCCAUCAGGCAUCAAGGCUCAGAUCGUCAAGUCCAUUAAAGCCAUGUUGAACUGUUUAGAGAAUGGAGAAAAGGUGCAGCAACUACUCGAUAAAUCAGACGUAUGGGCAGCCUACAAGGAUCAGAAGCAUGAUCUGUUUAUUUCAGAAUCAAACAUAUCCGGUUAUUUAACAGGUCCUGGUGUCGCUGGCUAUCUUACACAAGGUCAAUCCCAAGUUUCCAGCAAACCGCCACCAAUGGAUACAAGCCAAGAUGAAGUCCAGAGCUAAGUGACUUGCAAUAUGCAAAUUAAUGUUAAUGAGAUGUGAGACUGAGUAUGCUAAACUGACAUACACCGUAUGGGCGUAUUGAGGAAAGAAUAAUGUUGUGAUUGUGAGCAAAAAUAACCUUCAAAAUGUAUUUGAAAGAAAUGUUCUAAACUGAUAAUUUUAUUUCAACAUAAUUGCCAGUUGUUCUUUUUUUUUUUCAGCAGAUAAACCAACUCCUUGUUAUUUCAAAAUGUGCUUAAUUAAUUUAAUAAAAUUAUUAGAAACUUAAAUUGAAACUUUCUAUUUUCAUGUAAAUAUGACAUCAUCAAAUUAUUGUUAAUGUCAGUGAGUUCAAAAUUACCUCACCCUGAACUAAACUGUUUGUAUGUGCUUUUUGUUUUAAUGUUUUAUUGUUUAGGAUAAAGGUUACAUCAUAAUUUGUUAUGAAUUUCUCCUUUAAUUUUUACCAAUAAUUUGAUGAUGUUUUAUCAAUUAAAAUUUUCCAUCAACAUUUUAUUUUUUUAACCAUUUUCCAAUGCAUACACAAGUUUUCAUGUCAGAUAUGUAAAAAGUAUAGAUAAAUUAUAAAGAGUACCAUAAUUUAGAAAAGAAAAUGCACCAUUACUAAUG